AUUUUCUGUCAAAAGCUUAUUUUCAAUAAGUAACUACUAAGUCGACACGGUACAAGAAAUGUCUAAUGAUUCCUGAUUAGAUUUUCUUCAUGAAUGAAACUGAAUCGUAAGAAGCACGCCAUUACCGAGACAAUUAAAAAUGUAGAAUUAUUCUGUGUUUAAGACCUUGAGCGUUUGAAUCUUAUAGCGAUGUUACAUAAUUUCAAUUCACUCGGACUCGGAGUGACUCGAGAUUUCCAUUUAAAAAUUUAAGCAGGGUCCCUCUAUGACUCUUAUUUUAGUUUAAGAUUGGUUCCCGCAUUUUCCUUAUGACAGUCUAUGCGGAACUGUUCCGGUAGUAAACACCGCUUUUUCUCUGCACAAAACACGCCCUUCGUAGUCUGUUAAGUUAUUGUGCAUAUAGACACAUAACAUUUUCUGUUCUUGGACUUUAUUUAUUAUUAUUUUCGUUUUGUAGUAAAUCAAAUACUUCAUUUCUGAGCUUAGUUGUGUCAACUAGAACGUAGAGUAAUAGGAAGUAUAGAGUAUGUUGCAUGCUUAAGUUGCAAUGUUUUUUCAACCAAUAUCCUACAUUUCAAAUUUCUUUGGCUGGUUACUCUCCCCUUUAUUUAAUUUUAUAAAAAGAAUAUUGCGCCCUUUUAUAAAAUGGAUAUUGAGACAAACAACAGGUUUGUGUGAGUUACAGAGAACUUGUUAUUGUGAACCGUCUGGUGCACCAAGGAUUCUUGGAAUAGAGGAUUCAUUGAAACAGUCCAAAAGUGUUAAAGUACAUACACUUCUUCAGUUUUUAGACCUUGCUGCUAGGGAGAAAAGGUUUACUUCUGUAGGUUCUGCCAAAAUCAUUCACAAUACUGUGGAAACAAUAUGCUUUAUUAAAAAAAUUCACCUUGAUGCUCAUCAACCAUUUACUAAACUGUUCGGAGAAUGUGUAUCCAUAAUAUGGACUCUAAAGCAGUUAUUACAUGACCUGGAGAAUAUUAGAACUACUGGUUAUGAUUCAUCUAAUAUAGAACAUGAAAAAAAGUUACUGGAAUUAUGGAAUCUUCUUAUGCCAAUGAAAGAGCUUGAAUGUCGUGUCAGUAAUUUGUGGAAGGAUAUAGGAUUUCAAGGGGAUGAUCCUAAGACCGAUUUUCGUGGCAUGGGACUAUUAGGACUAGAAAACUUACAUUUCUUUGCCAAAAACUAUCCAGAAGUUGCUCUUCAGGUGCUGUCUCACUCCAAUCAUCCCAUCCAUGGGUAUUCAUUUGCUAUAGUAGGAAUCAACUUGACUCAUUUAGCGUACAAUUUGUGGAAAGAUGGUACAGCCAAAAGUCAUAUAUAUAACAUCUGUUGCCAUCAGCUCCAAGUCCCUGGUCCUACACUACUGCAUUUCCACCGCUUUUAUUGUUAUCUUUUCAUCGAGUUUGAUAAGCUUUGGAUGGCUGAGAAACCGGCGACAAUAAUGGAAUUCGGAAGAAUAAGAAGCAACUUCGAAAAUGAAAUUCGGUUGCUGCUUUCCUAUCCGAAUUGUCUUUUCAAGUUAAAUAUUCCAGUUGAGCACGUGUGAAUACGAAAGCAUUCUGGUCACUCAGUUUAUCCAGGUAUCAAAGCUUUAAAAAUGUAUCCUGUUAUCAAAUCGGUCUUACACACACAAUUUGUACAACCA